UGAAUAAGAUUCUAUAGCGUCGACCUUAUCCGGUUCCAUAAUGUUUCGUUUCCCAAAAGCGGAACGUUUCUUCAUGUAGACGUGAGUUCCGUGAGACUCAUCUGGGUGUUGUAAUGUUAACGAAUAACGCAUUCAUGAUCAGCAAUCAAACAGAUAGAGUUAUCUUUCUCCAGCUGCAGCGGUGGAAUCCAUUCCUAUCUCACUCAACCCCGGAUUUAACUACCUAGCGACUUCAAACUUGUGCAGAAAUUUCUUUCCAAAGUCUUACUCGGAGUUUCAAGAGCAUGGACCCGGUACACUUCAAAUUUGUAAUGGCCUGGCUUCUGCUAAACUACUUGAUAUUAAGUCAUAUUACAAAAGCUCACAGAGUAGACGUCAACACAACGUUAUCGGCAGAAAGCAACAUCACGACGGAGAAAGAGUUAGUUGCGAAUCUCCUCUCGGAAUAUGGCGACACUUCUGUUCGGCCUGUCAAGGAUCACCUCCAACCAGUGGAAGUCUUUUUCAGAAUGCUCCUCUUUGAGCUAAUCACCUUGGAUGAAACACAUCAGAUGGUCACAGUUCGCUCCAAUAUGAGACUGCAAUGGACAGAUGAGUACCUACAAUGGGACCCGGAUGAGAAUGGUGGUAUCUACAACAUCACACUCAAGACGAAUCAAGUUUGGAGACCUGAUGUAGUCUUAGAUGAAGAUCUGGACCGCGAUUUCAUCAGUAUUCCUGAGGCCGACACGUUUGUGAUCGUCCAGUACACCGGAGCGAUGGACUGGCUAUUUCCGGCAAUCACCACCAGUGCAUGUAAGAUGAACAUACAGUAUUUCCCGUUCGACACACAGCAGUGUGUCCUCACUUUUUAUCCGUGGACACUGGACGAAAGCAAGAUGCGUUUCUUUGCUAAGAAUGACGAGGAUGCCUUGCAGAUGCGGUACGUCCGCAAUGGCAUCUGGUCUAUGACAGACUUCAAACCUGAGAACUUCAGCUUCAGGUACAUUUGCUGUCCCUACCCCAACGACCACAUCCGUUAUACCCUGACCUUCGAUCGAGAAUACGGUUUCUUUCUUUCCAAUAUAAUCGUUCCUGCUAUUUUCCUGACGUCGUUGAUGCUCGUUGGUUUCUGGCUUCAUCCUGACUCGGGGGAGAAGGUCGCAUUCACCGUCACCAACCUGUUGGCUCUGAUUCUCUUCCAGCAGCUGGUCAGUGAUAGCAUGCCGCCCAUCGGUGAACCAAGAUCCAUCAUAGUCACGUGUUUCUUCAUGCUGGUUGUCGUGAGCGGAUGCAGUGUAUUCUUCUCUGUAUUGGUCCUACGUAUGUACCAUCACGAUGCAACGUCUAUCCCUCCGCGUUUGGCCAUCAAGAUGCUCAUGCCUUGGAUAAGUAAGGGAAAGAACAAGAAUUAUAUGAGGAAAUUUUACAGCUCCUCUCUACCCAACAUCACGGACAUCGUUUUUAUGAACGGGAAAACGGAGGUAAAUAAAAGUAGUUCCAAGGCAGACGAUGAUCAAGAAAUGGAUGACAGAAAUGUAUAUUUAUGGAAACAAACGGCCCUGGCAUUUGACUCCUUCUGCGGAACGAUUCUCUCUCUCUGUAUGCUUGGCACAUUGCUGUAUGCUCUCAUCAGUUUCCUUAUGGGAAUAUAGUUAAUGUGACGAUUCGUGCAUUCUAACUGCUACUGUGCUGGGGGGUGUUUCACAAAGAUUCUAAGUCGAACUUAACUCUAAGUUGGACUUAAAAAUUAUGGAGAGCCAUUUGUAGCCUUAAAAUAA